ACAAAAUUCUCCUAUGAUGGUGGCACCAGUAUUUCUCUUAUUAGUAGUAGUGAUGAGAUUCCACGCAAUACUCCACACAAGCCACCUUCUUUGAUUCCACAAACUCAAAAACACUUUUUCUUCUAUAUAUGCCAAUUUUCCUUGUGAUCACUCCUCUAAAACAUAGAGGAUCCUAAAGAUUUUGAAGGAUCUAUUUCUUUUAUUUAGUGUGGAGAGAUGGAUAUUGAUCAUGAAUGGGAACUCCUCCCAGAUCAUGGGUACCUUGAUUUCAAUGAAGUUAGUGAUGAGAAUCAUCAAAUUCUGUUUGGGAAGAGAAAUAAUUAUGACGAGUCAUCAAAAGGUAGUGUCUUUGACAACUACUUCACCACUGAAGCAGCAUCAUGGAAUCAUAAUAAUCAUCAUCAUCAACAUCAACAACAACUAGUUCAUCAUGUUCCAAUAAUCCAAUUGGAACCAAGAAUUGAUGAUGAUGAGGAAGACACCGUUUCACAGAAUGUUUUCUUCAAGAAUAAUGAUCAAUUUGUCGAAAUGAAAAAGGAUUCUUCUUCAGCUCCUCCAUCAUCAAUGGAUGCAGGUGAUGAGGUAACAGUAGCAGGGGAGGAAUCGAGUGAUGGAGAAUUCAAUAUAUGGAAGUGGGGUAUGAGUGGUGUUGGAGCAAUAUUUUCUUUUGGUGUUGCUGCAGCCACUAUCUGUGUCUUCUUCUUCGGAAACGCCCAUCAAAGAAACAGAAUCCACCACCACCACCGCCACAAGAUUCGCUUCCACUUCUACACUCAUGAUGAUAAGAGGCUUACACAAGUGGUUCAGCAUGCAUCCAAAUUGAAUGAAGCAAUUUCAGCAGUCAGGGGUGUUCCUCUCAGUAGAGCUCACAUAACCUAUGGUGGUUAUUAUGAUGCCAUUUGAAACAUUAUUGGAUCUUUAAUUUGGAUUCUACACUAUGGAACAACCAUGCGGCAAUAUCUUUUUUCUAUUCUGGCUCUUUCACAUUACUAGUAGUUUAGUUUUUGUAAAUAAAAUAAUGCCGGAUUCUGUUCUUUUUUGUUCUUGCUUGUUCUAUAGGUUCAAUAGAUUAGGGGGUUACAUAUUUUCUUAUUAUUAUUUUAUCCAUCCAUUUGGAUUGGAUGAUAAAGAAAGUUUGUUUAAUGAUGCAAGUUGGCCCAAUUAUGGGGCAAAGUUUUAUGAAAUGCGGCCGUAAAGAAUUGAUUAGUGGUAAUUGUUGGAUUGAUUGAUUAUUACUAAUUAAAUUUAAUAUUAUAUUUAUUUAUAUAA